GGACGCGUCCGCGGUGUGAAGCAGACAGCGGCCCUUCCUGUUUGACCGCGCUGCCGUGAACGCCGGACGCGCAGCGCUCGCGCGAGUAUGUCUGCGCGCGUCCAACGCGAGAGAGGCGAGCUUAUUUGCUUUCCUACGUGAUCCCCAGACCGGAGACAUGUCGCCAUUAUAGCGCCGAGUUGUUGUUCUCUUGUUGUUGUUUGUUUGUUUUUGUUUUGUUUGUUUUUUUAUGUAAAAAAAUGAAUUAUUAUUAGUCGUCGUCGUGUAGCUUCCUUUUUCUGUUUCGUUUUUCGCAGCCGCGAGCCUGUCAAUGAAUAGUGUCGCAGGCGCGCGCGCUCAUGGCGGAGACUAAAAUCAUCUAUCACAUCGAUGAGGAGGAGACUCCUUAUUUAGUCAAACUCGCCGUUUCUCCCGACAGAGUCACGCUCGCCGACUUCAAAAAUGUGCUCAGCAAUCGGCCCGUCAAUAGCUACAAAUUCUUCUUCAAGUCCAUGGACCAGGAUUUCGGGGUGGUCAAAGAGGAGAUAUCUGACGAUAAUGCCAAGCUGCCCUGCUUCAACGGAAGAGUCGUGUCCUGGUUGGUGCUGACUGAAAGCACACACUCAGAUGGCGGAUCUCAGUGCCCAGAGAGUCAUGCCGAGCUGCCGCCCCCGCUGGAGCGAACAGGAGGCAUCGGAGACUCGAGACCCCCCUCAUUUCAUGCCAACGCGGUGAGCAGUCGGGAUGGACUGGACACAGAGACGGGCACAGAGUCUCUCGUGAGCCAGCGCAGGGAGAGGGAGCGCGAGAGGAGCCGCAGGGCACGGGACAACAAGCUCCCUCGGUUAAACGGCCACUCGAAGGCUGAGCGGGUUAAUCGAGACUCGGCCAUGGGCUAUGACAGCACCUCCAUGAUGAGCAGCGAGCUGGAGUCUAGCUCCUUCAUUGACAGUGAGGAAGAUGAGGAUGCCAGCAGAUUGAGCAGCUCCACAGAGCAGAGUAAUUCUACUCAACUCAUGCGCAGGCACAAGCGCCGGCGACGGAGACAGAAAGUGGCCAAGAUGGACAGGUCCUCAUCAUUCAGCAGCAUAACAGAUUCCACCAUGAGCCUCAACAUUAUCACGGUCACUCUCAACAUGGAGAAGUAUAAUUUCCUGGGUAUCAGCAUAGUGGGGCAGAGUAAUGACCGAGGAGAUGGAGGCAUAUACAUCGGCUCCAUCAUGAAAGGUGGUGCCGUAGCAGCUGAUGGCCGAAUUGAGCCUGGAGACAUGCUUUUACAGGUGAAUGACGUGAACUUUGAGAAUAUGAGUAAUGAUGAUGCUGUAAGGAUUCUGCGGGAAAUCGUCUCCAAGCCUGGACCCAUAAGUCUCACAGUGGCUAAGUGCUGGGACCCCUCUCCUCGCAGUUACUUCACCAUCCCCAGAGCGGAGCCCGUAAGGCCAAUUGAUCCUGCUGCCUGGAUCUCUCACACUACAGCUCUGACUGGAACCUAUCCACACUACGAACUGGAUGACUUGCCCCUCUCAGCUAGUAAAACGGAAAUGGCCACAAUAGUUAAAGUGAUGCAACUGCCUGAUUCAGGUCUUGAGAUCAGAGACCGCAUGUGGCUUAAGAUCACCAUAGCAAAUGCUGUCAUUGGUGCUGAUGUGGUGGACUGGCUGUAUUCACGAGUGGAAGGCUUCAAGGACCGGCGCGACGCCCGAAAAUACGCCAGCAGUUUGCUGAAACACGGCUACCUGAGACACACCGUCAAUAAGAUCACCUUCUCUGAACAAUGCUAUUAUACAUUUGGAGAUCUAUGCCAAAACAUGGCCUCUCUGAACCUGAAUGAUGGAUCCAGUGGUGGUGGUUCAGAGCAAGAUACUCUCGCCCCUCUCCCUCCAUCAGUUCCCAACCCGUGGCCUGCAGGCGGGCAGCCGUACCCGUAUCCAGGCUACCCGAACCCACCGCCCGGCUUCCCGCCUGGAUACUCGGAGCCCGGCCACAGUUUCCACAGCGGCAGUGCUGGCAGCCAGCAGAGUGAAGGCAGUAGAAGUAGCGGCUCUAACCCCAGCGCAGGUAAAGGAAGAAGGCCCUCUCCUCGAGAUAAGGAGCACAGGUCGACGUGCUGCGUGGGAACAGACGCCGAACCAGUUCCAUGGCCUGGCGUACAGGGCCAGAGAGCACCCAGUCAGCUGAGCCAUCACAGUCACACCCGCUCCUGUGCCAGUCACACCUGCUCCGGGCACAGCCAUGCUGCAUCCCAGCGGACACACAGUGUGUCCCAGCACAGCCACGCCUCUUUCUCCUAUAGCCACGCCCCCUUCACUCAGCUUGGCCACGCAUCCUGUGCGCACAGUGAGAGGAGCCACGCGUCCUCGUAUGGCCCUCCAGGCCUCCCUCCUCCGUACUGCCUGGCACGGCUGGCUCCUAGAGCCACUGCUCACAGUGGUCCUCCUGGAGCUCCGCCCGUGCGCGAGUUAGCAAAUGUCCCUCCAGAGCUCACGGCUAGUCGGCAGUCCUUCCAGCACGCUAUGGGUAACCCUUGUGAGUUCUUCGUUGAUAUUAUGUGACAGGAACAGUGCCUUUCACGUUUAAAGAGCACAAACCCUCCAUAUUCCCCUUUGCUCCCUUAAAUUCUUGCUACUGACUAUCCCAGCACUGAGAAUGUACCCAUCAUCGUCCCUCAGUGGAGGACACUAAAAAAACAGCACAGCAUUUUGCACUUGCAAAGCAAAUAACAUGAUGUUAGAUGUUAAGAUGGCUGCUGCAGAUUUUUUUUUGGCCCAGAGCAGAGCUCCACUCCUGUGUAUUGAGUGUAUAUACUCUUUAUCAGAGAUGAACUGGAAGUUAAAGUUUGCUCUUACAGCGGAACCUUUGUAGCUAAUCUGCAUUUGGGCAAACCAGCAAGUGAUAUUCAGAUGUCAAGUCAAGUCAGUCUAACAAAUAAAUAAUUGCCAAAAAGUGGCACAUGCUGUGUCAGAUAUUUUACAAAUAUCUGAGUUUGGUGUAAAACUUCGCACACAUGACUGCUGAAGUUCCUUAGUUGUAAAUGUUGUCUGGAAGUAAUAAUGCAUUUGUCGGAGAUUCCUUGUAAUUUGAAAUUCAUAAUGUACUCAUGAUGUCCCUUUGACAAUCAGUCAUGCACACAGUCUGACUUAAAAGAUGCAGGAUCUGUGGUUGAAUGACUUCAUCUUAAGUCUGCCAAAUUGCUUGAACACUAUUACACAGAAAUAUCUUUAUCCUUUCUGACACAAUGAACUAAUGUCAGAUUCAUCUUGCACUGCCAUAUGUGCAAUUGCUCAGACACUCGGUAAUGUCCCGUGGCCUCGCUCAAGGUCAUGACAAAUGGAAUUAGCCUUUAAGGACAAGAUUAAUAAGAUUAUAGAAAUGAAGUUAACACCAUUACCAAAUGCCGUUGACAGACAUUAAGCUGUGUUCACAUUUUAUUUCACAAAAGUAAGAUUGUUUUCACUAUGAUGAUAAGACUUGUUUUGUGGUGACAUUUACUGGUAAAGUUGUGAAAUCUAAAAUUUGUUUAAAAAUGUUCCCUUGCUUAACCCAUUACCCCAGGUCUCAGUGGGAAACAGCAACGGUGUAAUUUUGACUCUUGAAGCACUUUUAAUAACGUACUUGUUUGGCCCUUUAGUAUAAAACACUGUUCGUAACGGAAGCUAUUUACUUUAUUUCUUCAAGUAAAGAGGAAUAACAAAUUGUACAUAAUGAAAAAAAUUAUAUAUUAUAUAUAAUUGAAAAAGAAUAAAUAAAAUAUAUGAGUUAA